AUAAGACACACGCUCCGGAACAUUGCGCAUGCGUGGAUGAAAGUGCUCAGCUGCAGGAGGAGGUAGUAGCAGUCAGAAUCGCAGGGUGGACGUCGUUGCGUCAUGACGCCGUGUUGUCAGUAGGUGACCUGCUUUGGAGAGAGCGGGGCGCAGAGAGAACUGCUGGGGACCCGUGCUUAUAUGUUCUGCAGGAGGUGAGUAGUGGCAGUACUGUGUCCACAAUGCCUGGGAUGGUGAUGUUUGGAAGGCGCUGGGCCAUAGGAAGUGAUGACUUUGUCUUCCCAGGAGCCUUUGAGCUUUUCAUCAGGGUGAUCUGGUGGGUUGGAAUUCUGGUUUUGUAUUCUAUACACAAAGGGCAAUUUAACUGUGCCGAAGGGGGCUCGUUGCACAGUUACCUUCUCGUCCUCAUCAUUCUCCUGGCAGCCAUAAUAUGUGCCUUAUCUUCCAUUUUGUAUGUCAGCAUGCAAGGAACGAUUUCCAACCCUGGGCCAAGAAAAUCUCUUCCUAAAUUGCUGUAUCUGCGUUUGGCCCUUUACUUGCCAGAGCUUGUCUGGGCUGUUGUAGGAGCGAUAUGGGUAUCGAUCCGCAGACUAAACUGUGAAAGGACUAUGAUAAAUGCCAUGUUUGGAACAGUCAUUGCCAGCUGGGUUAUCAUUGUUUUUACCAUUGUGGCUGUUGUCAUCGUCUUUGAUCCACUUGGUGGGAAGAAGACUGUGUACCUUGGCAGUUGCACCAAUCGCAAUCUGGAGAGCAGUCAGUCGGGCCAGCUGUUUUACAAUGUCAAGAAGACAGCCACUCGAGUGUGGGAGAAAAGAAUCCGGUUGCUGUGUUGUUGCAUUGUACAAGAUGACGAUCACCGAGUCGCUUUUACAAGUAUUGCUGAGCUUUUCCGCACCUACUUCUCGGACACUGACCUAGUGCCUAGUGACAUUGCAGCAGGGCUGACACUUCUCCACCAAGAGCAAGAUAAGGUGGAAAAUUGCCCUAAGGAGCUUGAAGAAGUUCUGUCUCAGUCACCAUUAUCUCCUGUGGCUGAUGAUUUGGAUGCAGAAUUAGAAAAUGCUGCUCAUUAUAUGAAGUUUGCUGCAGCUGCUUAUGGUUGGCCCUACUACAUAAUGACAAACCCUUUUACAGCACUCUGUAAGCUUAAAGGUGAUUGCUGUAGAAACAGCCCAACAGAGACUGAUAUAAUUGGCAGCGAUCGGCUUAACAUGCAUUUUGGAUCCAUCUUAAACAUAACAGGGCUGCAGUAUAGAGACUUCAUUCAUAUCAGCUUUCACAAUAAAAUUUUUGAAAUCCCGUUCUUUGUUGCAUUGGAUCACAAAAAAGAGGCUGUCGUAGUAGCUGUAAGAGGAACUUUGUCAUUUGAGGAUAUUCUCACGGAUCUCUCGGCAGAUUGUGAAAACUUGACUAUAGAAGAUGUUCUGGAAAAUGGUCUUGUACAUAAGGGGAUAACCCAGGCUGCCACCUAUAUUUACAGAAGACUAAUAAACGAUGGUAUUUUGAACCAAGCCUUCACUGUUGCUCCUGAAUAUAAGCUUGUUGUUGUCGGCCACAGCUUAGGAGGGGGAACAGCCUCCAUAUUGGCUAUCAUGCUCAAAAAUACUUUCCCAAACUUGAGAUGUUAUGCCUUUUCUCCGCCAGGGGGUUUAUUAAGCAAAUCGCUUGCGGAGUAUACUAAACAGUUUAUCGUAUCUGUCAUUGUUGGGAAGGAUCUUGUUCCAAGGUUAAGUAUGCCCAAUAUGGAAGACCUGAAGAGACGGAUCAUUAGGAUAGUUGCCAACUGUAACAGACCCAAGUACCAAAUCCUAUUGCAUGGAUGCUGGUACACAGUGUUUGGAGGAGAACCUGAUAACUUUCCAACUGAACUGGAUGGUCGAAACCAAGAUGCUUUGACCCAGCCUCUCCUAGCUGAAGAGAGCUUAAUGGUUCAUCGGUCUCCUUCUUAUGCUACUCUGGAUGACAACUCACCUUUAAAUUCUCUGCUUCAGUAUCCUCAUCUCUUUCUCCCUGGGAGAAUUAUCCACAUUGUAGAAGAAAACAGCACAAGAAGGUGGUGCUCUUCAGAUGUCAAGUACACUGCCAGCUGGUCAAAAGAAACUGCCUUUGGUUAUAUUUUAAUAAGCCCCAAGAUGAUAACUGAUCAUAUGCCAGACGUAGUCCUCAAAGCUCUAAAUAGCUUGGCUCAGGAAAAUGCAUCUUGCAUUUCUUGUCGAGCACAAGGAGACUUUUCUACAAACAUUGUAUAAUUGCACACCAACGACAGCAGCCUAUCUACUGCGUUCAAGAGAGUAGCCAUCAUGACUAAAAUGUAGGAGCUGCAGGCAAAGAUCUUCAACAUUUUCAGGAUGGAGAGAAUACACUUCACGCUGCAGAUUCUUCUGGUUUACUCAAUUUACUGGAUCCUUUUUAAGAUGAGCUGCUUCAUUUUAACAGAAGCAUGUGAGCCUGUCACACUAUUUAAUUGUUUGUAUAUUAAAGGCUCUACAAUGUGGCACCUGGCACUGAGAACCAUUUGACUGAUGGGGAAGGAAGACAGUACCAGCUAGAGUGACCAUAGAGCAUUAAUACUUUAGGGUCUACUUCUGCCUCCUACAAGAAAGGAGUGACCUCACAUAUGCUUUGCACAGCAGAGCUGCACAAACCUGCAGAUUUAUAAAGCGCUUGUAAAAAGGAGACAAAGGAAUGUGAAGAGAUUAAAUUGAAGACAACCGUCCACCUAUCUGGCCAGGCAGAGGUGAGCCAGACCACUCUGCCUAUUGUGGCAUUACUGUAUGUGUCAGAAACACCUCCUUUUUUUUCCUAUUGAAGCUUGCAUUUUAUAUAACUUUUCAAGGCUGUUUGGAUUCAUGUGCAAUAUUUGUUUUGUUUACAGUUCAAUGCCGCUCAGUGUACAUUUAAUUAUAUAGAAAGGUUAAAAUCCUUGUGUUGCUCUUAUUAAUAAGAUUCUACACUGCUUAUUCUUUAGGAUAACCUUCUAGAAUCAUUUGGAUGGAUUAUACGUCAAAACCUGUUUUUAAACUUUUUCUACCUGUAAUCUUGUAGUUAAUGAUUCUCCAGCAAAUAAGGUUUCCAAGAUGAAGUUUUACUAAAUCCAAGUCCUUGAAAUGCUACUUGCGAAGUAGUAGUACUGGUUUGUGAUUGUAUUUUGUUCAUAAUUUACUUUGUAGUUCAAACUGGAGAUUAAGAAUUUUUUUUUUUUUGCUGCAUUAAGUUUCUG